AUGAGUGCCAACGCUUUGGACACUUCGGACCCUUUGGUCCAACAGCUUAUAUCUGACGAGACGUACAAACAGUUUAUGUCUCAAAGCUUUGACUCAAAGAUUAUUACUUCAUUGCAUGGAAUGACAAUCAAUGAGCAGAUAAUUAAGAUAACGAAUGGAAUCGACAUUUUAAACAAGAGUUUGCAGUCUUUGGUUUGCGAUAAAUACGAAGACCUGUUGUCGCAGUUGAACAAAAUGGAUGCUCUGGAGGAAGUGCUGCGAGUAAUCCAAACCAGAAUCGAAGAAUUACUAACAGAAGCCCAUAAGAUAAGGGCCAAACUGGUGGACCCGUAUGACCGCAUUUGUCAGCAAAUUGUUGUAUUAAACAGAUUGCAAACCACUUGUGAUUUAUUGCGGCGAACAAUACGUAUAAUUCAUUUGAUUAAACGCUUGCACGAGAGUCCGUUUGAUGACUCGGAGGGCCCACUACUGGCUCGACAGGUGACCAAAGCCGGGCAAUACAUCUCACAAAUUGACGCCAUUGUCAACGAAGACACUAACGGUUCUCUCAACAAAAUUAAUGUCAUUAGAGAUGACUUGAAAAGUAUUAAUGCUGUCAGAAAUGCGCUGAUCCGUAGAGCUGACCAACUGUUUGCUAUAGGAUUGGCGGAGCAGGACAGCAACCAAUUGGGUUCAGCUCUUCAGGUGUACUAUAGUCUUAGGAUUUUAGACCAAAAGAUUCGACAAAUUAUUGAUGAAAAACAGGAAUACAUCAGAAAAGCGGUGAAUGAGGCGACAGAUCUGUCAUCUCUGACGCAGACGAGGAGUUCAGGUCCCGGAAGAGUUGUCAUACCGAUGACUAUCUCUCAGAACACUUCUCUGCGGUCAACACUUCGACAAAACAUCGAUACACUUAUAGAUAAUAUUUACAACACUUUCAGUCAAAUCAGUUUAAUCUACAGAUUGGUUAAGAAAAGAAGAGACACUUUAACCAAUGCUUGUCUUAUCGAGCAAUUGGAUCAAUCAGAUAACGACGGUCUCAACCACUUCUGGUCUUAUAUUACCAAAACAUUGUCAGAACAGCUCUGCAAAACAGCUAACGAUUCUCAGGCUAUACGACAGGCGCUCGAAACGGAAUAUCCUAAUUAUUUGAACUCUUUGAGUGAGUUAUGGAAACGAAUAUCUCGUGACCACAAAGAGAUAAAUGCAGAGAAAGUGUUGCGUCUGUCGAUGCAGGCCUUCGAGAGCGCAUACCUGUCCCGUUCGCUGUCUCUUCUAUUCGAUUCGGUCAACAAAGUGUUUGCCGACGCGAAAGAGCCAUCUCUCAGCACAAGCGUGGAGUCUAUUUACUCGGCUAACGUUCCCUCCGAGAAGGACAUCGACCUAAUAGUGAGACACAUCACAAGCGAACUGCACGCCAGCGCUGGCGACCCCACUCUGUGCCUGUCUGUGGCCAAGAAUGUGACCAAAACUAUAAACCUCUUUGUCUUGAAGUGCGAACAACUCAACUCAAACGAUGGUCACAGCACUCAAGUCAUCGGCCCCUUCACUGCCAGCCAACGACUAAACGCCGCAAUUGUCGACAGACUUAACAUCUUUCGCCACAGAAUUGAUAAGCUUUUAGUCACAUCUAACUGUCCCAUCGAAUGCCUCAAACUCGUCGAACAUUCUUUGUCUCCCAUCGAGAAUCUGAUGUUCAGUACAAUGAAUCCAUUCUUCGAGAGCAUCACAGACGCCAUCGAAGCCAUUCUGUUGACAAUGCAUUCGGAAAACUAUAGCGAUGAUGGCGAAUUGAAUAACACGGAAGUGCGUCCAUCAGAAUAUAUGAAGGAAUUGCAAACAUUUAUCGCCAGAAUAUCAUCAGAUUAUUUACAACAGUAUCCUAAUUGCGAUGUCACGCAAAAUUGUACGGACAGAGUUGCCAACCGUACGAUUCAGUUGUUUUUACGACAAAUAACUCUAAUCAGACCCCUGUCUAAAAGGGGGCGUAUGAUUAUAGCGGCCGACUUUGCACAGUUGGAAAUGGGGUUAACACCGCUGUGUCAACCCAUUGGACGUUUGGGCCGUGAGUAUCGGUUACUCCGAUCAUUCAAAUCAAUUCUGUUUCAAAGCGCCGAAUCAAUCGCCAAAUCCGGUGCCGUCGGAGAUCUCAUUCCCUAUUCACUGAUUAUCGAGUUCUUGAUCUCCACUUACGCUCCCAAUGACAUCAAAAGUUGCCAUCAGUUUAUGAAUUGGUCGCUCUCCAGGUAUAACAAGUGGUUGGAUCAGCACUUGGAUGAGUCCGAACGACUCGCUCUAAUCAAAAAUUGUUUGGAAUCUUAUGUGAAGAAUAUUCGCCAAUCAGAGGGCCGUUCAUUCGCUUCUGUUUAUCCUAUUUUGGUGGACCUCUUGCAGAAAGGACUCCACAAAUCUGAGCCCGAAGUCUAAAAAUCCCAUUUAAAUAUUACUGAUAAUAAUGAAAAUUAUUUUAUUAUUUAUGCUUUAGUUUUUAUAAUUCUUUUGUAUCGAAAAUAUAUUUUAAAAUAACGGCCGAAAUUGUCUCUAAAAAUAUGUUAAUUCGUGACAAUUUCAUAGUUUUAUUACAAAUUGAAGAAUAUAUAUAAUAAAUACAGUAUUUGGCAAAUACUGGUCUCAUAGGAA